AUGUUAAGCUGUUCAAACAGUAUCCUGAAUACUCCAGCAUCGUACCAGAUCCCAAUUCAAUGCAUUGCUGCAAAAGACUGUUUUGUAGAGUUUGAAAUGGUCGUAGCUGAGCAUGUAUUGAAGUGUUCAGGGCAACCACUUCAUAGCUUCAAUAUUCAGUCUGGGCUUACAAAAAAUGCCCCUCCCCCCAAGUUCUCGGCUGAAUCAGUCUUUGAGUGUUGGGCAUGUUUGCAAUGGCACGUUAUGGUUAUUGGUGUGAACCUACAAGGAGGAGAGAAGGAUAGAGAAGUGUAUCUCAUUCCAUGA